AUGUUGCUUUUGUUGCGUGUAAACCAUAUGUGGGGGGGGUGGGGGGGUGUGAACACACAAAACCAACAAAAAACAAAGGUGGGGGGGGAGGGGGGGGGGACCCACACACACACUUGGGGGGGGGGGUGGGGGGGGGGGGGGGGGGGGGGGGGGGGGGGGGGGGUGGGGGGGGGUGGGGGGGGGGUGGGGGUGGGGGGGGUGGGGGGGGGGGGAGUGGGGGGGGGGGGGGUGGGGGGUAGGGGGGGGGGGGUGUGGUGGUGGGGGGGGGGGUUGGGUUGGGUAGGGGGUAGGUGUGGGUGGUGGGGUUUAUGGGGGGGUGGUGGGGUUGUGGGGGGGUGGGGGAGGGGGGGAGGUGGUGGGGGGUGUAUUUGGCGGUGGUGCUUUGGGGUGGGGUUGGUGGGGGGGUGUGAGGAGAAUUGGUUUUAUUGUUUGUGGUUAUAG